ACGACAUAUGAAUCUACCAGCGUGCUCUCCUACGUGUUCGUUGCCAUUCUUAUGAGACUAAUGAAAAGGGAAAGAGAGAGGGAAGAGGGUACAGUACAUACAUACGUAACGUGCGGUUAUCAUGCGGUGAUGCGAACUAAUAAUUUAAAAUUUAUGACUUUUAAAUCCAACUACCUAACGCAUAUUGAUUUCGUCGUCAGUUUUUAACAAUUAAACCCUAACAGGCUUAACAGUCAAGUUCUAAAGUAACAUCGUUUUUAAUUCUGGUUAGUGAGUGACUAAUUGUUGAUACAUACGAUAUCCGUUUCUAUGUUUUUAAUGUGAUUCGUUUAUGAAUUUAACAUAAAUUUUUUAAUAUGCCUUUCGAAGACCUGUAAAUAGAUUGAUAAUCGUUUUCGUUAACUUAUGUAUGCAUCGUACUUACAUAUAUUCGUACGUGCGUUCCAUUUGAUACAAAAGUCUAUUAAUGACAAUGCACAAUGAUAGUUGCCUGGUGCAACUUGGCUUUGAGGUUAUCCGCAAGGACGUCCACAUAACUCGUGCUCGAUAUUAACUCAAGCCGAUUGACUUGCGUCAAUUCGAAAGUGCAAGAUGGAUCGUUUUGGCUUCAACUUCCAUUGUCCUUGCCCUCGCAAUAUCAUUAAAUUUAAGUCAGCCAAAGAGCUUCGUUUUUUGAACUAUUAUCGUGACGAAAACGCGUCCAUUUUUUGUAAAAUUCACUUUUCAUUUUUAUUAAUACUGAAAAUUAUCUUAAUAAAAGUUAUCGAAAUAAAAUUUUUGGUAAAAAUCACGGAACUAUAACAAUACGUGGAAGUGAAUACUUCCAUUUGAUACAAGUAGACAUUUAUGGAGAAUUUGAUUGAAGAAGGAUUUGAAUAGCUAAUUAGAGUAACCGCCCAGAAAAUGGAAGAUCCGGGUUUUCGAGUGUCUAUUCCAAACUACCCGACAGUCUAACUUUUUUCGCGAAUUCUAUAAUUUAAUUUAAUUUUAAAGAAAAAAAGUUAAAGUUGUUUAUUAAAACUGGAGGGCUUGAUAUUACAUACUUACAUAUAUCUUAGUGAAUCAUUAAUUACAAGAAAUAUAGUGAGUUAUUGUAAUGUGAAAAUAACGCAAUCGCGAAACAACUUGUUCUUUUUCUGAUAUUACAGUAUACCGCGAUAUCACAACUUCUUUUUCAUCAUCGAAUGAGAAAAUUUAAGAAAAAUUCUGAAGAUGCUACUAUCGUACAAAAUUAUGCAUAAAUUCACGUACGAAUAAGUAAAAACUUGUCAUUGGAUAGAAAGAACACUGAAAGAUUCCUUUAGUCAUCACUCAGAUAAAACUAUCAUUUAUUUUGCACGUAUGUUUUAUAUGUUCUUUCGUAUUUCUUUUGUUUUCGAGAAAAAGAAAACUUGUUCGACGAAAAACGCAAUAGGUAAAAAUAAAAAGAAUUUAACUUUUUUCAAUUUGUGACUUUGGAACAAUUUGAUGUAUCAAGCGGAUCUAUAAUGAUUCAGAUUUAAAUGAUGAAAUCGUAAAAAUACACGUUCCAUUUGCGCAUAUUGGUAAAAAAUAAAUAUUGUUUCGCUACUCUAAAAGGAUUAAUGCGAUUGUUUACCAUAGAAGAUAAUAUUCUGAAUUACAGUAGUGGAAACUUAUCAAGGUUAGGUGUUGAAGUUGAACUUUAAUGACAUCAGGCUUUGUUCAAAAAUGACUCUGACGGCUUUGACGUCACGCACAAGAUACUCACUUAGAAUACUUACAAAGAAUAUAAGAUAAAGCACGUUCAAUCAGCUUUGAUCAUUAUGAUUUUUACGAGAAAUCCCGAUUGUGAGGUGCACAUAAGUACAUGAGUACGUAGCAGGUAGGUCCCUAUCAUUAACAAAUUACAGACAAAAGAUAAAUGUAAUAUCUUAUCCCCAUUGAGGUAAAAACGAGGAAUUUCUUGUCACUUCUUGUUGUUACAUGUACCAAAAUAUUUUUUAACAAACAGCAACUUAUAGAAAUAUUUUGCCCACACCGUAAUAAUAUAAUCUGAGAAACAUUUGUAUUUUGUUUCGGUUUUUUCGGUUUCAAGACUACAAUUGCUUACAUACGGAAGGAGCAUUUGUUUCUAUUAUAUUAGCAUGUGAGACUUCGUAUUUCAUAUUUUUCUUUGAUCUUUACUACUCUGAAUAGAAAAAGCACCAAUAAGUGGCGAUAUUUGUUGCUGGCAACAGAAAUCUGGAGAAAUAUUCGAAUAACAAGCAAUGAAUUAUAAGCAGCGAGUUUUUCAAAAUAUAUGGAACAUCAAGAAAAAGUUCCUUGUUGUUCCUUUAGUGAAGAUAGAACUUAAAACGAACAAUAGCAAUAGCCAGUGAUCUGGCAAUGAAGCUGGCAUAGGAAACUCUAUACAUUAAUAUAUAGCCGGAUAGUAUUCUCUCUCACGUAUUAUAACGAACGACGUUGUGAUAGCGGUGACGGAGACGUAUUGCCAUAAUCUGCACACAUUGUUGUAUUCUGUUCUAUGGAAAAUACGAGAAAAUUGCAUAAAUAUAAUCAACGUUUAAACGGGAAUGAAUUGCUGAACUACCGAGACUUUUUUAUGCUAAUAAUUGUACGCACUCAUGCAAAUCGUUUUCACCAAGUAUUAUCGGUAAUAAGGAUAUUCUUUUGAACGUCAGAGAAAACAGUAAACAAAGUCUUAAACGAGUGCAAACUUACUUUUUCGGUCAGUAUAACGUAUCAUACAUAUAUCAUCUUUCAUUAUCGGAUAAUCACCUUGGAAGUUAUACACAAUUCAUAAGUGAGUCACACAUAAAUUUUCAUCUUUUGUACAAGUCGGAAAUAAUGGCCGACGCGCUUCGAUGUUAAAAACUUGGAUACCUCGAUCAUCUAACGACGACUUGUCGAUACAAAAGUUUUUUACAAUAUCUUUGUACUUUUACAACGUAGCCGAGACGUAAAAUGGUGGCUUCGCAGAACGAUGGCGGUAGAAGUGUAGGCGGAGGUGGAAGCGAUACCGUUUACACGGUGACGGUAAGCGGUGUGGGUUAUAGAAACGAGGGUUACAAAGAUGACGGAACCGAUUGUAUACCACCGGAGCCUCAAAAACCACCACAGUUACCUCAAACGGAAGAUGACACUCAAUCGAGGAAAUUCAAACUUUCCCGUGGCGAGAAAUGGCGGAUUUUGAAAAACAUUGGAACCGUCUCGAUAGCAUUCAUGGUGCAGUUUACAGCGUUUCAAGGCACAGCGAACCUUCAAUCGUCAAUAAAUGCAAGCGACGGUCUUGGUACCGUCUCUCUUUCAGCAAUUUACGCGGCCCUUGUGCUCUCUUGUAUUUUCGUACCGACUUUUCUCAUUAAGAGGUUAACCGUUAAAUGGACACUCUGCCUCUCGAUGCUUUGUUAUGCACCUUAUAUUGGUUCUCAGUUUUAUCCAAGAUUUUAUACCCUUGUACCAGCUGGCGUUUUGCUCGGUCUCGGUGCAGCACCUAUGUGGGCAGCGAAGGCUACCUAUCUUACGCAGGUCGGUGGUGUUUACGCGAAACUCACGGACCAACCAGUUGACGCGAUUGUUGUCAGAUUCUUUGGCUUUUUCUUUCUUGCUUGGCAAACCGCAGAACUCUGGGGAAAUCUUAUAUCUUCACUGGUCUUGAGCGAAGGAGAAUUCGGUAGCGGUGGUGGUAACAGUACGACUAGCUGGAACAAGAUAAAACUCUGUGGUGCCGAAUUUUGCGUUCUUGGAAAUGGAGCACACGAAAACUUGGAGAGACCCCCUGAAUCGGAAAUUUAUGAAAUUUCAUCGAUCUAUUUGACAUGCGUUAUCGUUGCAGUAAUCAUUGUCGCUCUUUUUGUCGAUCCUCUAUCAAGGUACGGCGAAAAGCAACGGCGUGCUGAUAGUCAAGAGCUCAGUGGUAUUCAGUUGCUCUCCGCGACCGCUUAUCAACUAAAGAAACCUUAUCAACAGUUACUAAUACCUAUCACAGUAUGGAUCGGUAUGGAACAGGCCUUCAUCGGCGCUGAUUUUACUCAGGCAUACAUCUCUUGCGCUCUAGGCGUUCAUAAAGUGGGAUACGUGAUGAUCUGCUUUGGUGUGGUAAAUGCGGGAUGCUCCUUGCUCUUUGGUUCUCUCAUGAAAUUCGUAGGCAGGCAACCGUUGAUGGCACUUGGUGCCAUAGUCCACGCCUGUCUUAUAGUCGUCUUGCUUCUUUGGAAACCACACCCGGAUAAUCCAUACAUUUUUUAUUCAGUCUCUGGCCUUUGGGGAGUUGGUGACGCCGUUUGGCAGACACAGGUCAACGGUCUCUACGGUACUCUCUUCAGGCGCAACAAGGAAGCCGCAUUUUCGAAUUACAGGCUAUGGGAGAGCGCAGGAUUCGUAAUUGCAUACGCGUACAGUACACACCUGUGCGCCCGCAUGAAGCUUUACGUUUUAUUGACUGUCCUGAUGAUCGGCACGAUGGGCUACAUAAUCGUCGAACUUCUCCACAGACGUAAACAGAGGAGAUUGAAGGCUAUCGCUGAGGACCCGAAAGCCGCGCAAGCGGAGGCCAAUCAACCAGAAGAAACAGACGAUGAGAAGGACGAUCUCGAUGACGACAUCAUCAUCACGCAUCUUUAAACUGACACAUCGGUUCACCAAGUUUCGAUAACGCGAAAAAAAGGAAAAAGGCACUUUUCUGUCUUUUUUCGCGUUCUCACCGAAAUCGAGGACUAUAGAAUAUUUCGAACAAUUUGUGGACGAUCUUGAGUGACCUCGGGCUACCCACUUUUCUCUUUCCUUUCUUUCUUUCUUCCUUCUUUCCUUUUCUACUUUUCGUUUUAGAUCUAAUUCAAUUUUUUUUCUUCUCUCAACUCGGAUACUAAUCCUUUCUCCUCGUCUUAUAAAUGAAAUUAAGAAACAGAGUGAAAAACUAUGUGCCUGCAAAAUGACAUGAGAUGGUCUUUCGCGAUGAAACGAAAGUACCACUCUUCGCGAUUCCUCUUGUCGCAAAGAAAAGUUCGGGAAAGGAAAAUUACCGUAUAUUUGCCGUCUAUUUACUGUUUAUUCGCCAUCCAUUCGGCGUCGAUUUACCAUCCAUUUGCCAUCUAUUGAAGACAUUUUUUCUUCCCAUCAAAUCAAUUCUUUUUAUUUCUUGAACAAAUAUCAACAACGUAAUCGACUUAAUCAUACGAACGUAUCGACGAAAUCAUAUUUUGUUUCUUCAUGGAUGGUAGGCAGAAAGAAAGCAAAAAAAAUCUAUCGAAUUCCAAGAUGUCUUCGUCGCGACGAGAAAAGGAAAAAAUAUUCUUUUCGAGAUCUUGAUCAAACAGAAAGAAUAACCGACGUACGUGCCUACCUAUUUGGACGGAUAGAUACGUUCGCAUCAAGAUUCUUCUUUGGCAAAGAUUCUACAAAGAAACCCUUUAUGCUUGGCCGCUUUUUCCCGCCAGAACGAGAAGCCCGUAGAGGAAAAUCACGACAAUCCUGUCUUCUAGCGACGGUGCUUUCCUACAUAAGCUACCUUCGUACCUAUUUAUAGGUAUCGCUAACUACUUAUCCGUCCAAUGUGCGGAGAACCGACUCUGGUCUCCGAACAAAUGCCUUCUUCGUCCUUCUCUUUCUUCCUCUUUCUCGCUCUUCUUUCACCGGCUGAUGGAUACUCAGGCUCGCCUAAACCCGUUCUAUCGAGUAUAAGAGAGAAAGAAAGAGAGAAUAUACAAUUUUCUUACCGACGAUCGUCAGAGUUUAAAUUCCGCGAGCUCCAAGCAAAAGAGAAGACUCCUCUCUUCGGUGCAUCCUUCUAAAGGGAUCUUAGCUCUUUUUUUAAACGUCUGGCGCGAGACAAGGAUUAUUUUUAGAGUCCGGUUGUGUACCAACGGCACGAAUCACCCUAUCGUUCGUUAUUCAACGAAGAAAGGCAAUCGUUUGUCUUCGUCCGUAUCCCAUCGCUAUAGUUUCUCGUCUCAGAGGUCAGGAACCUUCCUGAGCAUACUCCAAGGUAGGAAAGGUUUCAAAGUACAACCUCUCAUUUCUCUCAUUAGCAUGCUCCUCGUUAUUCCUCGUCGCUGUUCGUCCAUCUUCACAAAAACAUUAAUCACGAAUCAUUCAUUCAACUUCCUCCGAAUCAAAGUCUGAAGCUUCACCUGAAUUUCGCGGAUUUAAUGCGAUUUAUUGUUCUUUCGGAUCUCUCUAUCUUACUAUUAUUCCUUGCAUAUUAUAUAAUAGAGAUAUAUUAUACGAAUUGCAAGAUAUUGAUAAAGAAAGAGGAAACAUCGACGGAAGAGAAAAAUAAGUGUCGUGAUCGACCUUGCGAUUCCUCGGAAAGAGAAUCGAACGGUGCAUUCCUCCGAACAGUUCCUUCAUGCUCUUUUCAAAUUCCACUUGUCCUUCCUAGUAAAAGAUUAAACAAAAUGACAAUAAAGUAUUCCCUCCUUUGUGGGAGAUAAUGAAUUACUAUUUCGAAAAAAAUGACAGGAAAAGAAAAAUGAUUAUCUGGGGCAAUACAAAUUCAAUUCAAAGUAUUAUGUUUUUCUCGUCUCCAAACCGAGAUAUCGAAUCUCUUAAAAUUUGCUGUGCACGAUAAUAGACAAUGAAAACAUGGCCAUUACUAGUAGAAUGUAACAUUGAAAAUUCUACUAAAAAUACGCAUAUUACCGUUCUCUCCUUCUUCUCUCUGGCUUCAUCUAUUCUCUAUCUUUUUUUUUUUUCUAUUCUUUUAAUAUAUAAAUUUAAUGAAAAACUAGACCACAAAAACCUAGUUCUUAAGAAGCGCAAGUUCGCUAAAUAAAAAAAACGUGUAGAUAAAUAUAAUAUUAUUAAGAAUAAUAAUCGUAAGAGGGUUCUAAUAACAAAUGUAAGACGAAGUUAAUACAACAGCGGAUAAAUAAGCCUUUGUAUACUUCUCAGCAAUUACUGAUCGAUUCGCAAUCACGUAUUGUAUAAAAAAUGGUGUUGCUCAUUUAAGUGGAAAAAUGAAAAUUAGAUCUACAACAGAAAAGCCUCGUUUCUUUGUGUUUUAUAACAGUCUUUAUAAUAUUUUGUAUAAUUUAAAAAGAAAUGUAUAAUCUAAUAAACCAUUUAUGGAUAAA